GUGGGACUAGAGAAAGGGCCUCGUGGGCGCGCUAGGCCUCCCGCCGCCCCGCCCCGCCCCUCCCCCGGCCGGCCUUCGCUCGCGCCGCACCCGUGCUGGCUGCUUUGGAGGUUGCGAAAACGGGGUGGCGGGUUCCACCGAACAAAGGGCGGUGCGGCGGUGAGGCCUGAGGGACGCUCCCUAAGAUGGCGGACGGAGGUGGGGAGCGCGGAGUCCGUCGCUUCCGUUCCUGGCCCCGGCUCACGUGGGGAGGGCGGGGCGGGAGCGCCGACUAGUCCCCAUGGCUGCCACACCAGAGCCCCAAGAGCCUGGAAAGAAGACUGACUUAUCAGAAGUCAAAAGGCCCAGGGGAAGCUGAAGGGUGCUGUGAACUCUUCCCUACCACGUAAGACCAUGACCUUUAAGCUCUUAGGAAUCUUAGAUGUUGAAAAUAUUCCCUGUGCACGGGACUCAGUAUUAUAUGGCUCAUUAGGAUCUGUUGUGGCUGGACUUGGACAUUUCUUGGUAACCAGUAGAAUUAGAAGAUCAUGUGAUGUUGGAGUAGGAGGAUUUAUUGUGGUGACCUUAGGAUGCUGGUUCCACUGUAGGUAUAAUUACGCAAAGCAAAAAAUCCAGGAAAGAAUUACCAGAGAAGGAAUUAGAAAUCAGAUUUUGUAUGAAAGCACCCACCUUGAUCCUGAAAGAAAACAAAUCAACAAGAGUAACAGCAGCAACUAAGCAACCUUGAGCAUGGAAGACAACAGGACUCCAAAGUCAGUCAGCAUUCCUUGUGAUCAGCCACGUACACUACGUAUAAUGAAAAAGUUCAAUGAAGUAAUUUGUGAGCUGUGUCUAUCACUUAUACUUUCCAUUUAAUAUGGGCCUUUUACUGCUGCCACCGUAUUCCUUAGUUACAUAUAAUGGAAAUGCCAUGGCAAAAAUAUUAAGAUUUUAUUGGCAAAAUAAAACUUUGUAAAGCUAAGUGUUUUAGUGUUCUUGGAAGGUUUCCUUGCAAUAAAUAAGAUCUGAAUGGAAAUUAAA